AUCCAAUAAGCGGAACCUGUCAGUGAUGGGCUCCGGGGUGGCAGGAGUACGGACGGUCCGGUGUUAAACUGGGUGUCAAUUAGCGGAAGACUUUCACCGGUGAGCAGCCAAGCCACAGCGUAAGAGUUGUUCAGAAGACUAAGAUGGAGUGGCGUCAGCAGACCAGUGUGAGCAGUGCAGACGCAUUCAACGAGGCCAAACGCUGGAUUGAGGAAGUGACUGGAAAGUCGUUUGGAUGCAGUGACUUCCGGGCCGCAUUAGAGAACGGAGUCCUGCUUUGCGACCUAAUUAAUCAGUUGAAACCCGGAAUAAUCAAGAGGGUGAACAGGCUGUCUACUCCAAUCGCUGGUCUGGAUAAUGUGAAUGUUUUCCUGAAAGCCUGCGAGAAACUGGGACUAAAUGAAUCCCAGCUGUUUCAUCCAGGUGACCUGCAGGACAUCUCCACUCGUGUGACACUCAGGCGUGACGAAGGCAACAGACGACUCAAAAAUGUUCUGAUAACAAUUUACUGGUUGGGUCGCAAGGCUCACCUGGACACAUUGUACAAUGGCCCUCAGCUUAAUUUGAAGGCUUUUGAGGGCCUGUUGGGGCUGGCCUUGUCCAAGGCUCUAGAUGAGGGUGGUGUACCUGUGAAAGACAGCAGCGAUAGUUUGUGCCAAAAUCCAGAAGAGGAAUGUCAGUACAAAAAUUACAGGCGGGGCAACUCUGCAGACAGCACCGACUCCUUUAACUCCCAGGCCCUGCACCCGAAUGUUGAAGGUUUUGGAGGCGACGCAGAAGCUGAGCAGGUAUUCAAGAUGGAAAACAAGCAGGUGACAGCUCAUCAAAACAAAGGCUAUGUCCCACCACUCAGACGAAAACAAGGACCAGAGGAGAAUGGAAGUGGCUUCGUGAGUCAGUUUACCAGAGCCAGUCAAACCCAGGUCAAGCCUGAGAGACCAGUUCAGGUCAAUCCUGGCUGGAUUUGGAGCAAAUCUCUCAGUGACAUCCCCAUGGUGUACCCUGUGCGAAAGGCUCCUGAUGCAAACACUACUCAUGAUGAAAGUCAGGACACCGGAUUGACAAGACUGUGGAAUCAAGACAACAGAAGGAAGUGUAGCGUUGCUGCCAAGGAUGCCGAAGCUCAGUGGCAGGAUGACUUGAAAAAGUGGAAAACCCGUCGUAGGAGCACAAAGUCUGAACUUCGAACUAAAUCACAAGACAGAGAGCAUGUAAUGGAUAAGAUGAUCAACGGGUCUGUGACAACUAUUGAGAAGAAUGAAGCAAAACUAAAAUACCAGCAGUCACCUUGGACCAGGAACACAGCGCCUCGUCCUUACUCAACAACUUCUCCAUCAAAAUCAAGCUCUGAUCUCCGGCCACAUACUCGAGCUCUGCUGGCCCGCAGCUAUGCCACCGAGGCACCUUUCAGCCCCACGGUUCCUCUUAGCUCCCAGAGCUCAACCCAUGCUCAAGGUGGAGCAGUGGUUGUCCCUGAUGGAAAAGUCUUGGGAGAGGAGAUCCACUUUGCCUCCACGGCUUUAGAUGAAGCAAGAGUUGGCAUGCCUUCUCUAGGCUUUCCUGUGAUCUCUCAAACCCAAGUGAAAUCCCAGAGCAGCACAGCUCCUUUCCAGUCCACCUGUGAACUUUCCCAGCCACAAAAUGGCCUUACAAACCAAAUCUCCACUCAUUUUACAGCUUUACAGCUGAACGAGACCACAAAUUCUAAAAGCAACAAAAGUCCCACUUUAUCCAUGUCUAGUGAACAAAAAGCAUUUUUUUAUGUUCAUCCGGAGCUUAAAACUGCUGGUGAGGAUUUAUCGCAUCAGAACGACAACUCUCAGGAAGACGGACAGAAGUCCUCUUGGCAAGCAGCAGCAGAGCAAAGCACGGCCCCGCAGACUCCAGGCGUCUACAAGUUCUUGCCCAGAACUGUUUCCUGGUCUGGCUCAGCCAGCCUUCCCCGUGGUUACCGUCGGUCUGAGGGCUCAUCCCGUCUCUCUUCUGCUAUCACAGCCAGACCCUUUGGGACCAAGCAGUCCAGAGUGUCAUCACUGCCCAGGAUGUACAAUGUAGAUGACAAUCAGGGUGUGCUGCUGAACAGUGAGAGAGAGGAUUCUCCAUCUUCACCAUCUCUGAAAAGACAGACUGCGACCGCCCAGCUGAGCGGUCCGUAUCAGACCAACCAGGGGAAGCAGACUGGUGCAGGACAGGAAGAGCAAGUGACUAGCUCCAAUCUUUCCAGCCAGACCUCCUUUCAGAGCAGUGGCUAUUACUAUCGACCCUCCAUUCAAAGCCAGAUACUGCCUCAACCUUAUUCAAAUCUGCAGUCUCGUCAAAAUAGAGGCUUGACCUUCUCAGCUGAUGGAAGCACAGAUCUUCCAAAGGUGGAUCACAGUGACAUGAGAGUGAGCCUUACUCUUAAACCCAACAGUCUAGCUGACUUUGGUUUCCAUACUCACUGGGACUCGACGGGGGCGAGAGUUAAGCUCAUUCAGCCCGGCAGUCCAGCCGAGCUCUGCCAGCUGCGUGUCGACGACGAGAUCGUGGCCGUCGAUGGAGCUGCGGUGGCACACAUGAACUACGACCAGUGGAGGGAUAAAAUGUCAUCUGCCCUGCAAACCGGCAGUUUGACCAUGGACAUUCGGCGCUAUGGCAACAAGGAUUGGAGCACCGGCGAGGGGACUCAUCACAGCCAGCCAGGCCAGAGCAGGGUGACCCUCAAUCUGACUGCUGCUUCUUCGCCUGUCCUGAUAGGGUGCCCUGAUCACCAUGCCAACAGUGCUGCCUUUCCAGACACACAAGUCACACAGGGGUUCAAAAGCAAUGGGCACACAGACAACGUGAUGCAGGGUAAAGUCAUGGGUGGAGAACUUUGUGAGACAGAUGGGACAACCAGAAAUAAAGAUUGUAGUACUAUUAUUAGAAAAAAUCAGAAAAGGAGGGCAGAAUUUUUCAGGCAGCAAGGAGGGUCAGAAUCUGCGAUAUCUGAUCUCCAGGUGCCAUCGCUCAGCCCCCCCUCAUCCAGCUGGUCUUGGGACCUUGAGGAGGAUCGCAGGAGACAGGAGAAGUGGCAGGAAGAACAGGAGCGCCUCCUACAGGAGAAAUAUCAGCGGGACCAGGAGAGGCUGGAGGCAGAGUGGCGAAGAGACCAACGGGAUGUAAUAGACCCCAAGAAGUCAGGGAGCCAGAAAACCUUUGAGGUGACCUCUGGUGAUGUGGGCCUCGCCAGGACCCAGCAGCAAGAGAAUGCAAUGCCGAAGAAAACCAGAGAAGAAGAGCAGAGCACUGAUGGAGAAAAGCUGAAAGAGUUGUUGGGGCCAAAACGGCAAAGUAAUGCACACGAAGUGCAGAAUGAGAUGGUUGCCCAACAAGACUGGGCUGAUGGCUCAUGUGGCUUUGCUCAGCUGUCCCCUGCACACAGGACAAAGUCCUUGUCUUCCCCAGUAUUAGCUGGGCCUCACAAGUAUUCUAGAGGGGAUCAGAGUAAAAGAAAAGGACUGUCUGUGGCCAAGGCUGAGAAAGAAAGGCAGCAGAUUUUAGAGGAGAUGAAGAAAAGGACUCAGCUUCUGACUGACAACAGCUGGAUACGUCAGCGCAGCAGCAGCUUUUACAAGGAUCCCAUGAUUGUUGGGCUUCCUCUGAAAAGAUAUGACUCUCUGGAUAAUCUUGAUAAUUUGCGUCAGCCCCAAUCCUCAAUCUAUAGUUACCCUCGACCACACUCGGCUGCUGCAGGUUACGUUACACCGAGUAGGAAUGCCUCUUCGCGAUACAGCACUGGAUCAGUAUUAUCCCUGAGAAAUCCUUACAUACAGUCCUGUCAUCAGGCCAGGAUGGUCAAUGGCAGGAGGAAUUGCUCUGUCUGUGGGCGUAUCCUUGGUAGUAGACCAGCUAUGGUCAUAGAGGCCCUUAGUCUCUACUUCCACCUUGGCUGUUUUCAGUGCGUGGGCUGCCGUCAACAUCUCGGAGGAAGAGAGAAUGGAGCCCAGGUUCAAAUCCGAAACAGGAAGCCCUUCUGUGAACGCUGCUAUUUCCAACUCAGGUUCACCCCCAUGUGAGCAGCUUGCUGUACUCCAGAUUGAAGAGUAAAUACAGUGGCAUGGGGGUCUCUGAGCAAAGCUAUGCUGUACAGAAGAAAUCGCAGCCAAUUCACAGCUUCUACUUCCUGAGCAUCGGUAAAACUUUAUAUAGAGUUUUGGCAAAGUAGAACCUAUACUUCUAUUUUUUUUAAAUGAGAUAAGUGGUGCCUCGUUUGACCACCUUUCUCCUGCUAAUUUAUUUCCAAGUUAGAUUUAAUAUAUGAAAUAAAGAUAUGAUGGGAACUGUUUGAUUUACGCCUUCAUCUUAAUGCUAGUGUCUUCAGAUCCGUGUGCCGUGUUAAAAUUAUCAGAUAUUUCUUGAGGCUAUUCGUGUAACUCUGGUAUGGAAAUGAAUUUUAACGUGUACUGAAGCACUUUCUGUUCUGUUGUAAUGUCACCGAAUACACACUGGGGUAAAUCACUGGUGUGUGUGUGUGUGUGUGUGUAUAUAUAUAAUGUAUGACUGUCUCACAUACAAAUCAGCCUCUUAAUUGAAAUGUCUUUGUAAAUAAAGUGGACUGAACAUA